AUGUUUGUCAAUAUCCGUUUCGAACCAGCGGACGCCCACCUGUCCGACUAUUACCUUUUGAAAGCGCUGCUGUGGCUCAUCGAGCACGAGCAAGCAACUUUGACCGAAGACCGGGAAGACAAAUUCGUCGGAAAUUGCUUAUCGUUUAAGAUCCGUGCAUCGUCCGAGGAGGAGGCAUAUGAGAAAGCUAUUAAGCUGGUCAGAUCUUGGAUUCGAAAAUAUCCCGAAAACGGACUGCCGUUUGAUCGCUCUGAUGUGUUUCAAGUCGGUCUAGGCCUGCAUGUUGAUAUGCGAGUUUGA